AUGAAGAACCAGACAGAAGUGAGCCAGUUUAUCUUACUAGGCUUGACAGAUCUCCAAGGACUGCAACCUUUUCUCUUUCUACUCUUUUUGAUGUUGUACCUCAUCAGUCUGCUAGGAAACAGUAUCAUUUUGUUUGCAGUGCUGACUGAAGCUCACCUCCACACACCCAUGUACUUCUUCCUCAGCAAUCUUUCGUGCCUGGACAUUUGCUAUGCUACAGUCACUGUGCCCAAGAUGCUGGCAGGCUUUAUAUCUGGACCUCAGUACAUUUCCUUCAGCGGAUGCCUAACUCAACUCCAUUUCUUCCACUUCACUGGAAGCAGUGAAGGUGUCCUUCUGGCUGUUAUGGCCUAUGACCGUUAUGUGGCUAUAUGCAAUCCUCUGCGUUACAUUGUUAUUAUGAACAAAUGCACAUGCCUAUUGCUUGCAGCAGCUUCUUGGGGCACUGGAUUCUGCCAUGCACUCAUGCACACUGUGAUGACCUCCCGGCUGCACUUCUGUGGCCCAAACCUUGUCGAGCACUUCUUUUGUGACAUCAAGCCACUGCUGAAGUUAGCUUGCAGUAGCAUCCAGCUCAACAUCAGCCUUCUCAAUACAGUCACUGGCUUAAUUGUCAUGAUCCCAUUCAUCCUCACACUCUUCUCCUACCUCUAUAUAAUAUCUUUUCUCCUUCUGAAGGUCAAGUCAAACAAAGCAAGAUGGAAAGCUUUCUCCACAUGCACAUCCCACCUCACAGUUGUGCAUUUGCUCUAUGUGCCUGUUUUAUUCAACUAUUUGCCUUCCUCGGGAGAUAUACCACUGUCGGACAUGAUAUCCACCCUCAUGUACAAUGUAGGUGUCUCAGUAUUAAAUCCCCUUAUUUAUACCCUGAGAAACAAGGAAAUGAAAUUAGCCAUAAGGAAAAUACUGGUAGCUUGUUGCUGUCAAAAGGUGAGAUGA